AUGCAGAAGAUGGUCGGUCACAAGGCCAAGAUGAUGCACGCGCGACGACACGCCGAGAAGGUGCAGAUGAAGAAGAAGCUCAAGGCCCACGACGAGCGCAAUGUCAAGCAGAAGGACGACGGCGCCGUCAAGGAGGGUGCUCUUCCCGCUUAUCUGCUCGACCGUGAGGGCCAGAAGGACGCCAAGGCGCUCUCGUCCGCCAUCAAGGACCGCAGGAAGGACCGCGCUGCCAAGUACUCCGUUCCUCUCCCGAAGGUCCGUGGUAUCGCCGAGGAGGAGAUGUUCAAGGUUAUCAAAACCGGAAAGCACAAGGGAAAGAGCUGGAAGCGCAUGGUCAACAAGCACACCUUUGUUGGUGAGGGCUUCACGCGUAAGCCUGUCAAGCUCGAGCGUUUCAUUCGCCCUAUGGCUCUUCCCGAGCUCAAGACGACGUUCCAGCUGCCGAUUCUUGGUGUCAAGAAGAAUCCCCAGUCGCCGAUGUACACUUCGCUUGGUGUCCUUACGAAGGGUACCAUCAUCGAGGUCAAUGUCAGCGAGCUUGGUAUGGUCACCACGGGAGGAAAGGUCGUCUGGUCGAACGUCAGCAACAACAACGGCGCAAGCCGGAAUUUCAGCACUUACAUCAACCACGGUACCACGAGCAUGAGCGGCCCACCGACGUCGUUCUCGUCGUUCCCGGAAUUGAAGGAGCUCACUGCGGGACCUUCGAAGACACCGUCAUUCUCUUCAUUUCCGGACAUCGACCUAGGCGGGCUUCCGAGGUCGAACGACAAGGAACGAUCUCGGCCGCCCUCAGAAGAGCGCGACCAUGAUAGGAGGCGAAGAGAUCGCUCCAGAGACCGAGACAAUGAUCGCAGAAGAAGAGAUAGGUCUCGCGACAGGGCAAAGGAUGGGCACCGCAGGAAAGACCGUGAUCGCGACAGACUACGAGAGAGCAAGAUUGAUCGACGAAGGGAUGACGGAGACCGAAAGAGGGAUCGUGAUCGAGAUCGAGAACGGGAUCGCAACCACGAGAGAGAUCGCGACAGGGAACAUCGACGAGAUAGACAUAGCAGACGAGAGGACAGGCAACGUCACCACGACCGUUCGAAGUCACCAAGGGAAGACGACGACGAAAAGCGAAAGGAGAAGGAGGAUAGACGCCGGCGUGAUCGGGAGCGCGCCGAGGAGCUUGUGAACGCUGCUUCGAAAACCGAAAGUAUCAAGAUGGAGGACGACGGUAUGCCGUGGUAUGAGGCUCGGACAACUGCUCAGCCUGCACCUGCGCCUCUGCCAUCAAAGGCGUUUUUCCUCGAUACCGUUGGGGAUCGCGACGUCGCGAGAUGGAAUUUGACGUCGUCGGAGUCAACACCGAGGUAUCGCCGCGAUGCCGGUAGGUACUCUGCUAAACCUCUCGAAGGCUCAGCCUCUCGCCAUCUCGGGCGCAUCUUGUUACGCCCUAAUAACGAGGAGAGCGAACCACUCGGUGAUUACACGCUCAUCCAUCGACGGAAAGCGAUACUGCCCUCCACCGACUUACCGGACCAUCGUGUCAUCUUGCAUGAAAAGGAGGAGAGUGAGGAUGAACUGGAAGGUGUUCUGGGGCAAGUCACGACUUUGCAGGACAGCCUGAAGGCGAAGCGGAUGGAAUUUGAGCGGCACCUGUCUCAAUAUCCGGAGGACGUGAAGGAGUGGAUCAAAUACUCCACUCUGCACCUGCAGGAGCAGCCAAGCUCUGUUCGCAAGACUGGUGAUGAUCUGGCUGCCCAGCCGACCACUCGAGCAAACGCCGAAGUGACUCUGUCACUGCUUGAGCGUGCCCUCAAUUCUCACCGGGCGAACUUUCGAUCAACAGAACUGCACAUCGCCUUCCUCCACGCAGCUGAGGCAUUUUGGCCACCGGAUAAGGUUACUCAGCGCUGGAAGAACGUCAUCAGCCAACUCAGCGGCCAAGCUCCAGAGGACGAGAUGAUUCGACUGUACCUGGGGUACAUCGAUUGGAGGGAGGGUCAAGGACUCGGCGGCAGUGGCAGCGACGGAGGAAUUGAUGAGGUUGUGAGCGUGUACAUCGAAGUACUGGACCGGCUACGGAGCACUUCAGAUGCUGGCUAUGAUGAGCGUGCAAUGGGCGCCUUCCAAGCGCUGAUGGAGAUUACGUUCUUCAAACCAGACCACCUACGAGCACCUGCUCCUCCGUUUGACAGGGAGCUGUGGUUCAUGGGAGUGCUGCAGGAGUUCGAGGACUUUUGGGAUUCUGAGAUUCCCCGUAUCGGCGAGGCAGGCGGGAAGGGUUGGAAGGAGAUGCACGCGUCUCUGGAGGAAGCGAGCAUCCCGAGAUCGACGGCACCGGAUUUCUCUUCGAGCGUGAUCAAUCCCCACGAGCGAUGGCUGGAAGCUGAGCGACACGCCGAGACAGCCUUAUUCCUGCCGGGCCGAGUGAGAGAUUUGGAUGCCGCGGACGACGAUCCAUUCCAUGUCAUUCUGUUUGAGGACGUCGCGCCGUUCCUGUUCCCAGUUCAGUCGCCUAUGGCGCGGUUACAGUUGAUCUUCGCCUUCCUUAACUUCCUCGGCUUGCCGUUCACGCCGCCUGACGUUCCAACCACAUCACCCGCUUCGACGGAUCCGCAACUCCGCUGGACCAUCGCCAAAAAUGAAGGGCUGCGCGCAGCUUUCUGGCCGCCCCGACCGAGCGUCAAGCGUGUCGCCUGGCAGACCGUUGGCGGCGAGCCCUUGGAGGCGGAGGCGCCGCGGGCGAUGUCAUCGCCAUUUGGUUGUCCCGUCAAAUCAUGGACGUCGAGCCGCGACAGCUUGUUUGCCGGAAGCCACUGGUUCCGCGACGUCAACGCACUCGAUCUCGCUCAUGUCGACAUUGAGCUCACUCGAAAUGUGCUGAACCUUCUGCGACCGCUGGUGCCGGAUCCUUCAUUCGUACUCAAUCUGUUUGCGUUCGAAGCUGCGUUGUCUCCCAAGACAGACAACUUGGCCCUCUGGGAUGGCUAUGCUCGACUGGAACGACAGCGCGGUAAGGUGGCGGCUGCCCGGCAAGUGUAUGUUACUGCUAUCCAGUCCGCCAUGGCGCGGAUGCAGGACAGCAAUGACGAGAACCUUGAGCGGGACGAAGCCGAGCUGUGGGCUUCCUGGGCGGAGAUGGAAUGGGAGGAGGGUAACGACAAGCGAUGCUUGGAGGUGCUCGUCAUGGCCGCAGGAAUGCAGCGCCAAGCAAUCGUUCUGAAGACUCGGCAAUCCCCGAGCAAGCUCUUCCUGGGCUCUCUCUUUUCCUACUAUACCGACGGCAUUGAGGCUGUCAGGGACAGUCUAAGCAUGCUGAUCGACCGGCUCCCUGAAGACCACCCUCAGGGGGAGGAGAUGUUGCAACUCCUUGUGAAGAUUGUCCAUUUCCACGCCACUCGACACAGUACUCCGGCUUCACUCGCUCGUGGGAUCCUGGAAUCGGCGAUCGCAAAAUACCCGAACAACACCGAGUUCCUGUCGCUGUACCUCUGGGGCGAGGCGAGCGGACGCGUGUACGGCCGCAUCCAGCGACUAGUCUCGGACCUCACCGCCGAGGACAAGGGCAUCGUCGCCAUGCUCUGGUCGGUGUGGGCGGAGGCGAUUGGGUCAGCGCGGACGUUCUGGGACCCUCGCGGCGGAGGUGCGGAGCGCGUCCGCCGUGCUUUGGACAGGAGCGUGAACACCACAUCGGGCAAGCGUUCGGCCGCCCUGUGGAUGCUGUACAUCGAGUUCGAGACCAUGAUGGGCAGGCCGAGCUCUGCGAAGGCACUCUGUUAUCGCGCCAUUGCCGCGGUCGGUGGUUGUAAGGCCUUGCGGCCCCAUUUCACGCCCCGAGAGCUGGGGUCCAUCGUCGAGUCGAUGUACGAGCGAGGCAUUCGCAUUCGAGUUGGGACUGAAAACUUCUGGAUUGACGAGGAAGAGGAGGAGGGAGAAGAUGGCGGGGAAGACGAGCCGGUCCCCAUCACCGGCGACUACGAGUAUGGCAUGCUGCGGACGAUUGAGGCCGACGAGGAGGCGCCGCCCGCCCUGUCGGGCAACAUUGGCGGCGCUGCUACGCCGACACCGCGCACGAGCGAGCCGGUCGUGCUGGUUCCCGGAACGGCCGCGCGUGACGUCGAGGAAGGCGGUAUCGCUGGCAUUCUGAAAGCGAGCUCGCACCCGUUGGCACUCCUUUGCCUCUACUUCUUCCGAUCUGCCGCUAUUGCGGUCUACGUCCUCUGCGGACUGUUCACUGACAACUACGUCCUCUCGAUCGUCGUCGUCGUUGUCUUGCUUUCCCUCGACUUCUGGAAUACCCGUAACGUCGCGGGCCGCACUCUCGUCGGGCUGCGGUAUUGGAACGAGGUCGAUGAGGAGGGCGAGAGUGCCUGGGUCUUCGAGUCUCGAGACCCCCAAAGCCGUCCCCCGAACCCGAUCGACGCCAAGAUGUUCUGGAUCGCGCUCUACGCGUACCCUGUGGGCUGGACGGCGCUUUUGAUCGUCUCCUUCCUCAAGUUCAACGUCUCGUAA